CGGCGGCGAGACGCGCGGAGCCACGGCUAGCUCCUCGGCUAGUCAGGGCGUCAGUUCCCCGAGUUGUCUUGAUUCGUUUGGGCGCAAAAUGUCCACCAGAGAGUACAAAGUAUCCACCACGGAACGGCCCAUUAAAGCGGUGCCGUACCCACCGGGGACGCGUCUGUCGGUGACGGAGUUGUACACGGACGGGAAGCCUAACGUGGAGGUGCUGAAGGCGCAUCUGCUGAAGGAGGGACGGCUGGAGGAGGAGGCGGCCCUGCGCGUCAUCAAUGAGGCCACCGCCAUCCUGCGUCAGGAAAGCUGCAUGCUGGAUGUGGACGCACCCGUCACAGUAUGCGGCGACGUGCACGGGCAGUUCUUCGACCUGAUGAAGCUUUUCGAGGUGGGCGGCUCCCCCGGCAGCACCCGCUACCUGUUCCUGGGCGACUACGUGGACAGGGGCUACUUCAGCAUGGAGUGCGUCUUGUUCCUGUGGGCUCUGAAGAUCAACCACCCGGACACGGUGUUCCUGCUCAGGGGAAACCACGAGUGUCGACAUCUCACAGAGUACUUCACCUUUAAACACGAGUGCAAGAUGAAGUACUCGGAUUGUGUGUACGAGGCGUGCAUGGAGUCUUUCGACUGCCUCCCUCUGGCGGCCUUGCUCAACCAGCAGUUUUUGUGCGUCCACGGGGGUCUGAGUCCUGAGAUCGGCAGUCUGGACGACAUUCGCAAGCUGGAGCGCUUCAAAGAGCCGCCGGCCUUCGGGCCCAUGUGCGACCUGUUGUGGGCCGACCCCGGCGAGGACUACGGCACAGAGAAGAACCGGGACCACUUUAGCCACAACAGCGUGAGGGGCUGCUCAUACUUCUACAGCUACGCCGCCGUCUGCGACUUCCUGAUAAACAACAACCUGCUGUCUGUCAUCCGGGCGCACGAGGCGCAGGACGCCGGUUACCGCAUGUACAGGAAGAGCCAGACGACGGGCUUCCCGUCCCUCAUCACCAUCUUCUCCGCUCCAAACUACUUGGACGUGUACAACAACAAAGCUGCCGUGUUGAAGUACGAGAACAACGUGAUGAACAUCCGUCAGUUCAACUGCUCGCCACAUCCUUACUGGCUGCCCAACUUCAUGGACGUCUUUACGUGGUCGCUGCCUUUUGUCGGAGAGAAAGUGACGGAGAUGCUGGUCAACGUGUUGAACAUUUGCUCCGACGACGAGCUCAUGACAGACGCCGACGACGCAGGAGAAGGCGGCGCCCCCGCUGUCCGGAAGGAAGUCAUCCGGAACAAGAUCCGUGCCAUCGGGAAGAUGGCCCGAGUCUUCUCUGUGCUCAGAGAGGAGAACGAGAGCGUGCUGCAGCUCAAAGGCUUAACGCCGUCCGGAACGUUGCCGCUCGGCGUGUUGUCGGGAGGCCGGCGCACCCUGCAGAGCGCCACGGAGGAGGCGGAGGAAGCCGGAGGCGGCGACAACGACUUCAAGCCGCCGCCGCGUAGGAUCCAAAGUUUUGAGGAGGCGCGAGGCCUGGACCGCAUCAACGAGAGGAUGCCGCCGAGACGAGAUGGCCCCCGGGCCGCGCCGCUCGGUGACAGCGGAACGGACGAGGUUUAGCCCCUGGAAUCUUGCCCCGCCCCGCCCCACCCCACCACACACAGUCUCACACACACACACACACACACACACACACACAUACACAGAGUCACACACUUCCUCAUCCACGCUCGGACGCCGGCGGUGGACUUUUUGGUUUGCACCGGCAUAUGCGGUUUACAUCCUCAAUAAACAAGGCUAAAGCGCU